UUAGUUUUACAGUACUUUUUCUUUAUCUUCUUGGUUAAUUUGUUUUAAAGCAAUGGACGAGAUCGAUGUUCCUCCAUUCUUUCUCUGCCCCAUUUCUCUAGAGCUCAUGAAAGACCCCGUUACAGUCUCUACCGGAAUAACCUACGACCGCGAAAGCAUCGAGAAAUGGUUGUUUUCCGGGAAAAACAAUACCUGCCCACUUACAAAACAAGCGCUUCCGGCCGAUUGUGAUCUAACACCAAACCACACUCUCAGGCGAUUGAUCCAAUCAUGGUGCACCGUCAAUGCUUCUCAUGGCAUCGAAAGGAUCCCAACGCCGAAGCCUCCGAUCAACAAAAUACAGAUUGCCAAGCUCCUCAACAAUGCCAAAACCCCACAGUUGAAGACAAAAUGCCUGCAAAAGCUCCGCUUACUCGCUUCCGAGAGUUCAGCCAAUAAACGUUGCAUGGAAGCUUCAGUCGCCGUUGAAUUCUUAGCCUCCAUUGUGUCAACAGUCGAAGCAGCUUCAAGUGAUGGGAUCGAAGCCUUAAGCAUCCUCUACAGUCUACAACUUUCUGAAGCCUCUCUAAAGACUCUUACUGGGAAAAAUGGCGAGUUUGUCAAAUCCUUGAUACGAGUCAUGCAAUGUGCGUGCUACGAGUCUCGCGCUUAUGCGGUUUUGUUAUUGAAAUCCAUGUUGGAAGUGGCUGAACCGACGCUGCUGAUCAGUUUGGAAACCGAAUUAUUCGUCGAAUUAGUCCACGUCUUGCAUGAUCAGAUCCAUCAGGGCUCAAAUGUGGUAUUAAAGUUACUAAUCCAGCUCUGUCCAUGGGGAAGAAACAAAGUCAAAGCAGUUAAAGCGGGCGCGGUUUCUGUAUUGAUAGAACUUCUUCUUGAUUGUUUUGACCGGAGGGCUUGUGAGAUGAUGCUGAUGGUAUUGGACACGCUAUGCAAAUGCGCCGAGGGACGGGCGGAGCUGUUGGAUCACGGGGCGGGGCUUGCCGUUGUGUCGAAGAAAAUUCUGAGGGUUUCCCAGGUGGCGAGCGACAAGGCAGCGAGAAUUCUGUUGGCCAUUUCAAAGUUCUCGGCCACUCCGGCUGUUGUUCAGGAAAUGUUGGAGUUGGGUGUCGUGGCAAAGCUCUGUUCGAUGCUUCAAACGGACUGUGGGAGCAAGGCUAAAGAAAAAGCAAGAGAGAUACUUAUAUUGCACGCUAGGGCAUGGAAGAGUUCUUCAUGCAUACGAAAAAGCUUGCUCUCUUCGUAUCCAUCUGGAUAGAAAGAGAGAGGGAGAGAACUCUAGGGCUUGGUUCUUGUACAAAUUGUUUGAAACUAGCUAGGAAAUAUCGAUCAUGGACAAAAACAUCUAUAGUACUUCAAUAAUGUUCGACAUUAUUAACAGUAAAAGUAUUGAUUUAAUUAUUCUUUAUUUAAUUUGGAGGAUAUUGGUAGCCUUCCAUAAUGGCUUAAUUGGGUGGGUUUGGAACUUGGAACUAUGGUUUUCAACGUUCGCAGAAGAUUGUAAUGCAUCUUAAUUUCUUCUCCAUUUUCUUUGUUGCAUAAAGUGAUCGUUGCAAUGUUAUGAAUUUCCGGCGAUAA